AUAAUAAUUGUAUAAACGGCAAUAAUAUUUUUUUCAUACCUUCUCUUAAAACUAUGUACGGUGCUUGCCUCCACCAUCCCUUCAUCCAGCUCGUUCCGCUCACCAACCUGAAGGGGUAUUUCCUGACUUCACCCUGACUUAUUUAUGUAUUUAUAUUCCAUCUAUCUUGCCCCUGUCUAUUCUUGCCUGAUGCGUGCAAAUACAAUGAGUAUCUUUCAUGUUGUUAUUAUGUCUCCCUUGGUCCUUCUGUCCAACAUAAUUUGUUUCCUGUGUUACAGAUGUUAGCGUUGUUGCUGGUGACGGUGGUGGUGCUGGGAGCCCCGGCUGAAGGAGUCACCUCCAGGGAACGAUCUCCAGUGAGAUUUUACGCUGGAGUCAGACCCACAAAGAAGCAAGCAAUACUCAUCGAGCCUAAGCUCAGCUCUUUCCCUCCCCACCAGGCGCUGAAGGUGGCCGCUCAUGGGACCCAGAAGACUGAAGAAUCUCUUGCAGUGUCCCCUUUCCACACUGCUGGGUUGAACGACAAGCCCGCAACAGUUGCACUGCGUCGUAGGCCUUUUGUAACUCCACCCGGCCUCUAUCCUAAUCUCUUAAAUCGCUCUGGGAUAGUGAGAGAGAGAUUACAACAGCAGAUGCAGGGAAGGAGAGCUGGAUCUAGAAGGAACGUUGAAGGUGUGAGUGUGGAUAGUAGCCGUCUACGCCCUGGGAUUGCACUACCCGAGGCAGAAGACCAACUCCCUUUGACCAGGAGACUGCCAAUGGCCCCACGAACCAGUCAGUUGAAGAACUCUCCUGGCCAAAUGACCAACCAAGGCGCUCUCCGGAACCCUACAGCAUUAUCUGCCCCACAUUCAAAAGUUGACGAUUUUCUUUCGGAGUGGCACAAUUCUUACAGCAGGAGUCAAGCGAAGGAACAAGACUCUACCACAGGUAACCAGGAACUUGCUACAGAGGUGAGGAUCAAAACCGAGAACCUGAACAACCCAGCAGGACCAACCUCGACGCCAGAGUCAGGUCACGGGAGCUCUGGCGCCGUCUCAACAACGAAAAGGAUAUCCAAUUCGCCACAGAUUCUUGAGCAUAUAUCUACCUCGACGCCACCAGCUAGCGUGCCCUCUGUCCACGACAUGACCAGCAUGCAUUUUAAAAACGCCUCUUUACGAAAGGUUGCUGGUGUUCAGAGAGUGACAGGAAACGCAAAGGAGACGAAAUAUCCAGAACUGCAGUCGUCUAGAUCUACUGGCAACACUGUGUACCCGUCAGCAGCCGCCAGCGCCACACUUUUCUCCACUAGAAACUCAGGAAAGGUUAAAGUUUCUCCAGACGGGAAGGAAAUUCUUGACUCCAUACAGAGUAUCUUUGAGGCAGCUAGUACUGACGAGCGCCAACUCUCAUUCGUGAAGAACACCAACCACGGGAACACAUCACCUCAGUCGCUGGACAUUUUCUCUGGCAUUUUCCCCUCGUACGGGUUCCAGCCGAGUCACCAGACUCAGCUACAACACGAACGCAAGGCAGAUACUCACGUUCAAGUGAUUCAAACGUCUCAUUCUGAUCCACAGGCUAUUGGAAAAUCUGUUUCAUUGAUCACCAAGAAGUCUCAUGGACCAGGAAUGGAGACACAAGCUAGCAAUUUGAUUGGUCGUAGAGUCCUCGCGUUACAGCGAGGUGCUGAGAAAGAUAUGUUCUUGAGAGUGGGGCAAACUCUCCCAGUGAAGGGGCAAGACUGGGGCCCAGAGCACCGAGAGAGCACUGAAGGGGACACCAUUCUUGAAGAAGGACCCGCAAACGAAGUUAUAAUCGGUCGUCCUGAAGCCCUCAUCCAGGCGCCGCUGGAGGAGACCCCAGUGUUGAUUACUACAGUUUCUCCACCCCAACGACAUUACGGAACCUCUGUUUAUUCCCACAAUACUGAGGACAGCGCCACACAACGCACUCAUGAGAAAUUUUCUUACUCUCCGUGGCACCCCGAGGAAAUGGAUCCUCUCUUGGCUUUCGUCAACACGAAGUACAAGCCUCAGCAUAUGAACUCUAAAUCUUCAGUAACGAGUCUUCAGUCUAUGAUAAACGCUGGUAGGAUAUCUGAAGUCUUCAGGAGAGACCAGGUAAUGGACAUCAUUAGCAAAGAUAGCCGGAAACAAGAGCAGCACUUCGUAAACAGAGUCGGGAAACCUUGGACGAACACUCUAGAGAGGACUCAGACACAGCUGAAGGUGAAAGACGAGGCCAGUAGAGGUGGGCAGUUCGUAGCCUUGUCGAGUAUAGCCUUACUCUUGGCUUUCUGUGGCUACUUCUUGUACACAGGAUCAGGAGCCAAGGAGGCCAGGAAGGUCCUGCACCCACUCAAAACAGCAGUGGAAGAUGCCAGGAAUGGUCUCCACGUCCUCCUGCGAGGCUUAGACGAGUACGAAGACCAUCUGAAUCACGAAGACGCUCAGAGCAAAAAACUAGAACCCUUGCAAGAUAAAGAAUAUCAAAGCACAUCUCAGAGCGACAUCCCCACCAUCCUGAAGAGGAUGUGGAACACAGUGGUGCCUCCCGAAGUGCGAGUCACUAGCGCAAUAGUUACACACGACCCAGAAGGCUACAUACCAGUCAACGCUUCUGAUCUAGUCCGAAGUAAGAAGCCUCGAGGGAGGAACAACAUGAACUUUCGUCAGUCUCACACAAAUAGAGUACCCACCGACCAGAUGAACAACGGGAAUGCUGAAGAUCUCUCUCAAGACGAGUAUAACGUAAGCCACAACAAGUCUGUGGUGCUAACAGCUGAUGGUCUAAGUUCUUUUGUGAACUCGUUCCUAAAUUCUGUGAUUAACAGCAAAACUGUGGAGAGAAUCAUCUCACAGCUUAAGUCUCCCUUGAACGCUAAACAGGAAAACAAUACUAUGAACAAAGAGGAGGAACAGAACAACCCAGCUCAAAACAAACCCACUUCGAAGCUUCAUGACGACCUGAAGACAAGACACACAAACAUCACAAACCAUGACGCCCUCCGAGUGAACACGACCACUAACACAGCUAUCAGCAGCUCUCAUUCUACCACAAACACGUCUCAAACAACUACCAAGACUCCAGAAGCACAGCACAGCACUCAAGAGAGCGUGGUUAUCUCGUCAGGCUCAGGAGAGCACCGUCAGGGUGUGAGGGAAGUAAGAGAGCAGUCCUCCUCCAGCACCGACGCCAGGAAACAGGUGAUCAUCAAUAACAAGCUUCACAUCCGUCAUGAUCCAGAAAGUGAUCCACCACGAACUUCAGCCUUUGUUAACAACGUCCCAUUAAAACCUGCGUCUUAAACCCAUAGACUUUAGUGCUUUCUG